AUGGUGGGAAAUAUGCUUUUACGACAGAAAAGAUUAUUUUCUUUGUCUAAAAUUUGGAGAAAGGACCUAAUUUUUUCAUCAGAUUUUUUGAAUUUUACACAAGCUGAAAAUAUCCACCCUAAUUUUCCAGUUAGGACUAGAUUUGCCCCAUCACCUACAGGUUCUCUUCAUCUCGGCUCAUUGAGAACUGCCCUAUACAAUUAUUUACUUGCUAGGAAUACUGGUGGUCAAUUCAUUUUGAGAAUUGAAGAUACUGACCAAAAGAGAUUAGUGAAGGGUGCGGAAGAAAACAUUUAUUCCUCCUUAAAAUGGUUAGGAUUACAAUUUGAUGAAGGACCAAAUGGUAUCAACGGCCCAUAUGGUCCAUAUAAGCAAAGUGAAAGAAGCUCCAUAUAUCAAAAAUAUAUCAAUGAACUUUUAGAUAAUGGAAAAGCUUAUAGAUGCUUUUGCAGCAAAGAACGUUUAACUGGUUUAAAAGAAUCAGCCCAAAAGCUAAAACCACCAACCACUGCUAGUUAUGAUAGGAAAUGCACUAAUUUAACCAAGUCACAAAUUGAGGAAAAUUUAAAGAAUAAAGUUCCGUACACUGUGCGACUAUUAUCGCCAGAUCUAUACCCAGCUUUUGAGGAUUUAUUACAUGGAAAACUGAAUAUUCAGCCACAAUAUAACUCAAUUGAUCGAAGAUUUGAUGACCCAGUUCUCAUGAAAUCGGAUAAUUUACCGACCUAUCAUUUUGCUAAUGUUGUUGACGAUCAUUUAAUGAAGAUUUCACAUGUUAUCAGAGGUGAGGAAUGGUUACCAUCGACUCCAAAGCAUAUUGCCAUAUAUGAAGCUUUUGGUUGGAAACCUCCAAAAUAUAUACAUAUACCACUUCUCACUACAUUAAAUGAUAAAAAAUUAAGCAAGAGAAAGGGAUCAGCAUCGAUUUUACAAUUGAAGGAAGAUGGUGUAUUACCGGAAGCCUUAAUCAACUUUUCGGUUUUAUUUGGUUGGUGUCCACCAAGAGAAUUAACAUCAACUAAUCAUGAGUGUUUUACUUUAAGAGAAUUUGAGAAUAUAUUUGAUUUGAGAUAUUUAACUAAAGGUAAUGCAAAAGUUGAUGAAAAAAAACUAUGGUUCUUCAAUAAGCACUAUUUAACAAAGAGAUUAGAAAGUGAUAAUGGCUUAACUGAAUUGGCUCUCCAAGUUCUACCAUUAUUUAAAGAAAAAUUUGGCUCUUCUGUUACUAUUGAACGACUUACAAAGGUAUUAGAUAUUUCUAAGGGUAAUUUGACCACGAUCUUUGAAAGUAUUAGCAAAUUAGAUUAUUUCUUUGAGAAACCUCUGUAUGAAAAAUACCAAGAACUUGCCAUUGACAAUACUGAAAUGAAGACUAUACUUGAUUAUAUCUAUACGAAUCUUGAAGAAUCUAACAUUAUGAUGCUAAUUAACACAUUGCAUUCUGAAUCAAUGAUACCCAAAAAAAAUAUUUUUAAAACUGUAAGGUUUGCCCUUUCAGGCCCUAAAUCUGGAGCUAAAAUUCAUGAUAUUAUAACUAUUUUAGGUAAAAUAGAAUCUAAAUUGCGUAUCCAGGACUUGGCAAAGUAUAUUAAAUAA